UUUAAAGAUACAUAGAGAGAUAAAUAGAGAUAUACAGAGAAAUGUGGCUGCAGUUCUUUGUUAGUGCUGUGCUUGUUGCUAUGGGGAUUCAGGCAGCUGAUCGGUUACCAGGCAGAAACAGAGGCAGAAUGAAGACAGGAAGCAGAUCUGCUGCAGGAGGGCGGCGGCUGCACCAGACUACACUUUCUCUUGGAGACCAAAACCAAACUACCUUCACCACAGAACAGAAACAAAACUUUUCUGGGAGGAGUCGUAAAGAUCAACCACUUAUAUAUCAGCAGAGGGAUCCAAGCUAUUCCUCUCAGCAUUACAGCAGUGCAGAUCACAGUAACAUCUCUGCAAAAUCCUCAUACACUUCCACACACUCAAGAGACGUCCACAACCCUAAAGACAUGACGCCGUCCAGUGUCUUGCGCAGUCUGAGGAGCAGGAACUGGACUCGGAACAGAGAAGGCCUAGCUGUGAAGGAAAUCACUAACCCUCCAGAAUCCACAGUUUACAUCAGCUCCUACCACACACAGUACUGCGGCCCUGCCAACUGCCCUGCCAGCAGCCUUCAGACCGGCGCUUCAGGCCAGCCCACACGCUGGCACCAACACAACAUCCUCACAGGAGGGGACAGAGGCCCAGCUAGACCUGAAACUGCGAGGAGACUGUCUGGAGACCGAUUACUGUGGGCCACUCGCCGCCUGGAGACUGACUGCCCUUCUCUUCAUCUGUACUGAACUGCAGCCUGAUAAGAUUCAGCUAAAUCAAACAAUUAAUUACAUUACUCAAUAAGGAGUUAUAAUAAAAUAUAUUCAAUUA